CUCACGUAGAUACGUGCUUAUACAUUAUAGAUGAAAUAAUGUUAUAGAAUCAUCUUUAAAAAAAAUGUAAAUAAGUUCCGAACAUAACAAAAUGACAUCCUUAAACGGAGAGAUACAAGUGAAUAAUAGUGAAAACGAAAAACCCUCAGAGAACAUAGUGAUUACAGUUGACAGCUGUCAAACUGACACCGACAGCUGUCACCGGAAUGCAAAUGGCGGGUGCGUUCAAAAUGGCGCACGGGAUUCGCUCGGGAUUCCGAGAAACGGACAUCGCAUGUCGUUUAUGGAAGAGGAGAGCGCAAGAGAAAGAUUAAGAUUGACUCUACUGAAGCAGUGCUCUGCUAUCUUGAAGCAGAGCGAGCAGAGGUACACGAAAGAGAGCUUGCACAGGACUUUUCAAGAUGAGGAUUUACUCGAGAGGAUAUUCCGUUUGUUUGACGUCAAGAAAUUAGACCAUUUAGUCCAAGAUGACUGGAUCGAGUACCUCAAAGAACGGCUACCGGAAGAGAGGCAGCUGGACCUGGUGGAACAAAUCGAGAGCGUCGCGUACGUGUUGUGCGGCGAUGGUGUUAUCAGCCUCGACACAUUUCAACACAUCAUGCAGAAUAAAGUUGUGACGAAGAAACUCUUUAGGGUAUUGGACGUGGACGGUGACGGUUAUGUUACAGCUGAUAAAGUUAUGGAAUUCCUCUCAACGGUCAGCAGUAGCAGACCCCGCGUGGGCUUUGAUAAGCACAGCGUUGACCGACUGGAGCAACUCUUCAAGGAGACGGUGGGAGAUCAGAAGGAGAUAACAAGAGAGCAAUUUCAGAAGAUAGUCGUCUCCAAAAAUCCAUUCUUCACAGAGCGGGUUUUCCAGAUAUUCGAUGAAGACGAUUCCGGGUCCAUCUCUCUCCAGGAGUUCAUCGCUGCCGUGCACAGGUUCGCGGGCCAGAGUCCUGACGACAAGAUCCGGUUCUUGUUUAAGGUUUAUGACUUGGAUGGCGACGGCCUAAUCCAACACAGGGAGCUGCAGCACGUGAUGAGGGCGUGCAUGGAGGAAAACGGCAUGCAAUUCAGCGAUGAGCAACUCUUAGACCUGACCACUGCGAUGUUCGAGGACGCUGACGUGGAAGAACGCGGGGCCAUCACGUAUGAAGCCUUGAAAAACCAGUUGAACAACCAUGGGGGGCUGCUGGAGAAUCUGUCGAUUAGCAUUGACCGCUGGCUGGUCCCCCCCAAACCAGACCCCAAGCCGAAGAACCUGCGCCAUAAGCUAGCCAAAUUAAAACCUUACCAGUUCUCUUUACCUUACUUCAAAAACAACUAUGUUUAUGUGAUAUACCUGGUUCUCUUCUACUUGGUGAAUUUUGGGUUGUUCGUGGCGAGAUGCAUUGAGUACAGACAGUCUAACGGCUUCGUCAUCGUGGCCAGAGCUUGUGGUCAAUGCUUGAAUUUCAACUGCGCCUGGGUUCUUGUCCUCAUGCUGAGGCACAGUAUCACAGCGCUGCGAGUCCGGGGCUUCGGUUCAGUCCUGCCUUUGGACCACCACAUAUAUCUGCACAAGCUGACGGGGACACUCAUAUUUGGAUAUAGUCUCCUGCAUACGCUGAUGCAUCUUUGUAAUUUUAGUCUCGUUGUAGUCAACGAUCCAGUGAUAAACAAGUCAAAUUACACUCUGACUGAAUGGCUAUUGACGGAGCGCCCAGGAUUAUUUGGACUGGUGGGAGGCUGUGCUAAUGCUACAGGAAUAGCUUUGGUCGUAAUCCUUGCUGUGAUGUUCGUCUGUAGCCAGCCCUUCAUACGGAGGGGAGGAAGUUUUGAGGUAUUUUACUGGACUCAUCUGCUGUACGUGCCUUUCUGGUUACUACUGAUCUUCCACGGACCCAACUUCUGGAAGUGGUUCAUAGUACCGGGAACUAUUUAUCUCACCGAGAGGAUCUUGCGACUGGCUUGGAUGAGGUCAGAGCGCGGCAAAACGUACAUCUCCUCGGGAAUACUCCUGCCAUCCCGGGUGACGCAUCUCGUCAUCAAGAGGCCGCCGGCCUUCGACUAUCACGCCGGCGACUACGUCUUCGUCAACAUUCCAGCCAUCGCCAGCUACGAGUGGCAUCCUUUCACGAUCAGCAGCGCGCCUUCUCAACAUGAUUACAUCUGGCUCCACGUACGAGGAGUAGGGGAGUGGACGAACAGAUUGUACUCGUAUUUUGAGGAGCAGGCCAGGAUACAUGCUGCUGAUGCGAACUCCAGGCUCGGGGAACACCAACAAGUAGCCCGCACCACAUCGAUCCUGAGCAAACGGAAGAGUUCCGGUGGGAGUGCCAAGAAGAGAUCGGUGGACUUCUCUCGUUCCUGUUACACCAGCGAAGCUUUCACUCUUGACGAGGAGGAGAACAAUGCGGAAUAUAAGAAGGAAUUCGAAGCAUUUUCGCCUUCUUCGAUAACGCACAGCACAUUGUUAGCGCCAAAGCACUUAGAAAAGUCUGCUUCCAUGCCUGACGUGCAGAAGAACAUCAAAAAGCGACAGAGAAUAUUAGCGAUGCGAGAAUUCAUGCGCUCAGAAUCCGAGAGAAGCUUCGAUUUGGUCAGUGUGAAGGCACAAAAAAAGAUAACGAGCGCUUACAAAAGCCCCCAACACAGAGUGCUGGCUCAAAGCUUUCGGUAUAUGAGAAAUAAGCCCGUUAUUAUAGCUUUUAAGACUCCAAGCCUUGAGAGCUGUGAGAGAAGGCAGUCUAAUGAUAGCAUUUUGACCAUAGCAAGACGCAGAUUGUCGAAGAGUCUAUCACCAGAUCGAGAUCCAGAGAGUUUCGACAAGCCUGACAUCAACAUCAUUAGUCCUUCGGAGUCCACGGCUGACGACCACUCCUUCUCCAGCUAUGCAUUUGGAAAACCGCUCGAAAUCUACCUGGACGGGCCGUAUGGUGCGGCGUCGUCCCACAUCCUGCGCGUGGAGCACGCCGUGCUGGUGGCGGCCGGCAUCGGCGUCACGCCCUUCGCGGCGCUGCUGCAGGAGCUGGCCCACAGACACCAGGCCGCGAGGAACACCUGCCCACGCUGCUCCCACACUUGGGCCGUUCAACCAGUCGGGACAACGCUUAAAAAGGUGGAUUUCUUCUGGAUAAACCGUGAGCAGCGCUCGUUCGAGUGGUUCGUCUCCCUCCUCUCCCAGCUGGAGAUGUCGCAGGCUGAGCUCUGCGGAGACGAGGGCAGGUUCCUCGACAUGCACAUGUACAUCACCAGCGCCCUACAGAGACACGACAUGAAGGCGGUCGGACUGCAGCUGGCUUUGGAUUUGUUGCACGAAAAGGGAAAACGCGACCUCAUAACGGGCUUGAAGACCCGCACGAACGCCGGAAGACCGAACUGGGAUAAGGUCUUCCAACAGCUGCAGCAGCAGAAUAAAGGAAAGGUCACGUUGUUCUACUGCGGACCUCCGCAGCUGGCCAGGAUACUCAGAGUCAAAUGUGACCAAUUCGGCUUUGAUUUCAGGAAGGAAGUCUUCUAAUCUUCAAGCAACUAGCUGUCCUGAGUCCUUUUAGAUAUCCUUUGCUAUCUUUAUUAUGGUAUGAUAACAUGACCCACUUAAUUUAUAGAUCAUUGAUGUCCAUGGACAUUGGAGGUACUGUAACAAGUGCUCUGAUCUUUUCCGUAAUACCAUACUCUGUUCUUAAAUCUGACUAUCAGAAAUGUAAA